AUGGCUAUAUUCACCAAAGGUCGAACAGGAGCGAAAGCCCCAUACUUUGGGUUGACUGGAGGAUGGCUUACAUUCUGGGUGUCGGUUGCUUGUGCUACUGACAUGACCUUAUUUGGAUACGACCAAGGUGUUUUUGGCGGUGUGAUUGUGACCCCGGACUUCCUUGACACAUUGAACUUAUCUGGACCCGAGCAUACUUCGCUCCUGGGAACAGUCACUGCCCUAUACGACGUUGGAUGCUUUUUCGGCGCCGUAGCAGCCUUUUCUCUAGGUGAAAGAUUGGGCAGGAAGAAGUCCGUCUUGUUGGGAACGACCGUGAUGAGCAUAGGAGCCAUCCUUCAGAUCUCGUCCUUCAGCGUAGCACAAAUGAUUGUUGGUCGCAUUGUUGCAGGUCUCGGCAACGGCUUGAACACCGCGACAGCCCCUGUAUGGCAAGCUGAGACGUCCAAGGCCGCCUGGAGAGGCAAACUCGUAGUCAUUGAGUUGAUUUUGAACAUUGCCGGCUUCUCUCUGAGCAAUUGGAUAACUUACGGCUUCUCCUACGUCAAUGGGCCUGUUGCUUGGAGAUUCCCAUUGGCUUUCCAGUUCAUCUUCAUAUUCAUUCUCUAUGGAACAGUUCCCUGGCUUCCGGAAAGUCCAAGAUGGCUGAUUGCACACGGGCAAGUUGAAGAGGCUGAGCACAUCAUAGCUGAUUUAGAGGCGACGACGGUUGACGACGCCUACGUUGUCACGGAGUCCAAGGAAAUUCAAUGGGCAGUCCAAUAUGAGCGCGAGAACGGCGUUAGCUGGUGGGACCUGUUGAGAGGCAAAUCCGGCAAUGGGACAUCAACAGUCCGUCGAUUGCUUCUUGGAGCUGGAGCCCAGGCAAUGCAGCAACUCGCCGGCAUCAACGUGACCAGCUAUUAUUUGCCAACAGUGUUGAUCCAAUCUGUAGGGCUGAGCGAAAAGCUGGCUCGUUUGCUAGCAGCUUGCAAUUCCGUCAGCUACCUCGCGUUUUCCAUGAUAGGGAUUCCUAAUGUUGAGAGGUGGGGCCGACGAAAAAUGAUGAUAUACGCCUCCAUUGGCCAAGCGCUUAGCUAUAUGCUCAUCACCAUUCUUCUGCGGUACAAUGAAUUGCCGGGCUAUAGCGGCAGUAAGCAAGUUGCCUCGGCAUCAGUGGCCUUUUUCUUUACCUAUUACAUAUGUUUCGGCAUCGGGUUUCAAGGUGUUCCUUGGCUGUAUCCCACAGAGAUCAACUCUUUGUCCAUGCGGACGAAAGGUGCCGCUCUUGGCACAGCGUCGAAUUGGGCUUUCAACUUCAUGGUGGUAGAGAUAACGCCAAUCGGCAUCCAGUCCUUGCACUGGAAAUUCUACAUCAUCUGGACAGUCUUUAACGCAUCUUUCGUCCCCAUUGUGUACCUCUUCUACCCCGAGACCGCAGAUCGGACCCUCGAAGACGUGGACCGUCUUUUCCGCGAAAAUCAGAACAUAUUUGUUUUCAGGGAUCCAGAUGCCAUAUCUACAAAGAGACCGUUGGCGUACAUUGAGCAUGAACAGGCCGAGGUGAGGCGAAAUAGUAGUGUUGUCAGCGCAAAUCCAGAAGCCAUUAGGCGGAGGUUGGAGGCUCUGGACAGAGCGAAUAAGGAGGUAGACGAAGAAAAAGGGGCAAAGGUAUUGGAACAGGAGUAG